CAUGCAUCAACCAGUUUUCUCUUCUGACAGUGAAACUCACUCUCCCAAGAAUCAAAAUAACUCAAUCCACAGUGGCAGUGGUUGCACAACCAUAGUCAACAACAAGUGCAGCAACCCUGUGAUCAAGAGCAACAACAUCCCCAACUUCAUGUUCACACAACAUGCACCUGAAAAAUCUGUCACACCCACUUCCCAAAACUCUUACAUUUUGUCUUUCGAUGACUCCAUCUUAGUAGCAGCCAUCAGGGAAACCUACGGUGGAAAACAGCCCUACCAUGAGGAGGCCUCAAAAGGGGUCUCAGAAAAACAUGAGGUUGAACCAAAGGUCAACAAAACAAUAAGGAGAGGUAGAAGCUCUGCAGAGACACUAGACCAUAUCAUGACAGAGCGAAAAAGGAGACGAGAAUUGACAGAGAGGUUCAUUGCAUUAUCAGCCACUCUACCUGGCUUGAAGAAGAUUGACAAGGCCACCAUACUUAGCGAAGCAAUCAGUCAUCUGAAACGACUUAAAGAACGUGUAAGAGAGCUAGAAGAACAAUGCAAAAAGACAAAGGUUGAGUCAGUGUCAUUCAUUCAUCACAAAUCCCACAUUGCAACUGAAGAAGGCAUCACCUCAAGUGCAAUGAACUCUGAUGACUGCUACAGAACCAAUGAAACACUCCCCACAGUGGAAGCAAGAGUCUUUCAAAAGGAUGUACUCCUCCGGAUUCACUGCAAGAAGCAAAGUGGCAUUUUGCUCAAAAUUUUGACCCAUCUUGGUAAUCUUGAUCUGUUCACAAUCAGCAACAGCGCGAUGCCAUUUGGGACUUCAACUCUUGACAUCAGCAUUAUUGCUCAGAUGGGUGACAAAUUCAACGUAACAAUGAAUGAUCUAGUGAAAAACCUGAGAUUGGCUCUCUUGCACUCAUCCGAAGUAGAACAAUGAUCAGUGUACUACAGUAUCAAUUAUGAAACUAGGUAUUUGAUAAUACGAAAAUUCCGAAAGUACUUCUAGCUCUUCG